AUGCUAAGUCAAUCCAAACUUAUUGCCAAAGCUACCCAUGCCAAUCGAACAUGGGCAGCGAGAGAUACCAGUGCUCUUGGGUUGCUAGAUGUCACUGCCCUUGAAGCCAGUUCAAAGGAUUCUUACUGGCUCAACAAUGGGGACAACAAUCACUCACGUCGAAGUCUUAGAUCCGAGACAAACGAUCUAAGACACGAAGAGUCAAUCAACUUUAGGCGAAGGAAACUCCAAAGUAGCACCGGUACUACAUGUAGAUCUAGUACGAUCUAA